AUGCAGUGUCCUGGUUGUAAGGAGGAGAUCAAAUAUGGACCUCGCACGAAUGUCAAUGGCAAGGCUUACCACCCAGAUUGUUUUCGUUGCACUGCAUGCCAUGGAAAGUUUACAAGUAAUAAGUUUCAAGUCAAAGAUGGCGAGUAUUACGAUCAUGAAUGCUACAAGCAGCUAUUCCACCCGCGGUGUGACGUUUGUGAGGACUUUAUUCCUUACCAGCCUGGCACUCAGAAGAUCUCUUACAAGGUGAUGCCGUUUUGGGACUUAAAAUACUGCGCUGAGCAUGAUAAUUGUGAUCGCUGCUGCAGCUGCCAGCGCAUUGAGCCGAUUGAUCCAGGCCGUCAUUUUCAUACUCUUACAGACGGACGAAAAAUUUGCUAUGAUUGCUGCAAGUUUGUUGUGCUUGAUUCAAAUGAGGCAAAGGGCGUGGUGAAAGAAGUUUGGGCGUACAUGAAGAAUAUCGGAAUCAAUCUUCCUAAGAUCCCAGUUUAUCUGGUAGAGUCUCCUGUCCUAAACGAGCAUCGUAAAGCCCACAAGAAAACCGACACAUUAAUGCAUGGUAACAAUCCCGUAAUAGGCCACGUGACUCGAGGCCUUUGCCUCUCGGAAGUGUCUCAAAUCCAGCACAUGGUCCGAUCUGGAAAGCAUGCGGUUCCACAAGUGACCUCCGUCGAAAAGACUCGCUCGGUCAACGCUAUCCUGAUACUUUAUGGUCUUCCGUACGACCUUACGGCUUCUGUUUUGGCUCACGAAGCUACUCAUGCAUUCAUCAAGCUUCGCGAUGACUUUCCUGAUAGUAUUCCGCCUAAGAUUGAGGAAGGAAUAUGCCAGUUGAUGAGCUAUCUAUUCCUGAAGUACAAGCACAUGAUGGAGCGCAAAGAGUGCAAGAAACGCACCUACGAUGGUCGAUUGCGUAAGUAUUACAUGCAACAACUCAAGAACGAUUUAUCUCCUGUCUACGGUGAUGGUUUCCGAGAAGCUUAUGUGGCCUACAAACGAGUCAACUCGUUGCAAGAGAUGUUUGAUGCGAUUCGGCAUCACGCGUCAUUUCCAUGA